CCUUGUAUAACUCCAACUCUAUAUUAAGCCAGAGUCCGGUAUGAUGAUGGGAAGGGGGAGGUUAUAGUAGAGAAAUAGUCAGGCCUCGAUAGCUCUUGUCGAGAUCGAUCGAUCGAGAGAGCGCAAUGGACUUUCCCAAGGACAUCGUCUUGGAAAUACUUCUUAGGUUGCCUGUGAAGUCAGUCAUGAGAUUCAAGUGUGUGUCCUCGGAUUGGAACGAUACGAUCUCGGCUGCAGCUUUCCGCAAGAAUUACCUAUCUCGACACUGUAAAAACGCUCCCAUCGGCUUCUUUUACAGUUGUAUUCCCUCCCAUCGUUCGAAAACCCGGCAUAACAAGUUCAUCAGCUCUACCGCAAUGGAGACACGGGAACUCGAGAGCCUGGAUUGUUUGCAAAACCUCCGCAAUGUACUAGCCUCGUCCAAAGGCCUCCUUCUAGUCAGCCUAAAUCACAAUACUUGCCACGUCUUAGACCUCGUUUCCAAGAAGCACAUCAAACUUCCCAAACCCCUUGAAAAUUACCCGCACGCUCACGUAGGAUUUGUCUGCCAUGAACAAGAAACAGGCGGCCGCAAGAUUAACGGUCUCAGCUACAAGCUGGUGCGUGUAGGCGGAACGCUUCCUCCCGUUGAGUUGCCUGAUAACGAAGCCAAAACCCGGGAAGUGGAAACGUAUUCGUCGAAAACUGGGAAGUGGAGCAAAUCGACAGUGAUGGCCGGGGCGGGAUUUUAUUUGGGGCAACUUACUGCCGCAAAGGUUAUAGGAGGCGUGUUUCACUGGUGGGAUUGGUAUGGGAAGCGGGUUGUUGCAUACAAUCCUGACAAUCCAAAGGGUCGCGUAAAAUUGAUCAAUUUGCCGUUGGACAGGGGAAUUGACGGAUACGGUCGCAAGGAUUUUGAAGGAACACAAAAUCGAUGUCUUCAAUUUUUUAUCAUUCUUGGAUCGAUUGAGGUGUGGGUUCUCAAGAGCAAACGCGAGGGUGGAAGCUACUUGGACGACGAUGAGGAUGUGGUUGAAGUUAGUCGAUGGACGUUGGCUCACAGAAUCAUUUUUCUAAGGUUUGAAAGGCCCUAUAUUCGCGCCAAAAUUCGGCGUUCACUGCAGUACGCGCUAAUAGAGUACGAGGCUCACCUCUAA